UUGAAAGGGAGCAUGCGCAUAAUGACGGGGCUGGCCCUCUGAAGUUUGAACAGGACCGAAACGGCCGGGUCUGGGUCUGUCAGUUGCUCGCUUUUUUGAAGGAAUAGGCCUACUUUGCAUCUCAGCAUGUCAAUAGUAACAGUGCAACUUGGUCAGUGUGGCAAUCAGAUUGGUUUUGAAGUGUUUGAUGCCCUUUAUAAUGACUCACACUGUCCCCAGGGACUCUGCUCUAAAAGAGAGAAUGAGGUAUAUCAAGAAUCUUGCAAAGAAAGAUUCUUCAGUGAAGAGGAAAAUGGAGUUCCCGUUGCCCGGGCUGUACUUGUAGAUAUGGAACCUAAAGUUAUCAAUCAAACACUAUCAAAGGCUGCCCAGUCUGGCCAAUGGAAAUAUGGCCAACAUUCGUGCUUCUGUCAGAAACAAGGUUCUGGAAACAACUGGGCUUAUGGUUACUCUGUUCAUGGACCCAGGCAUGAAGAACCUAUAAUGAACCUAAUCCAGAAGGAAGUGGAAAAAUGUGACUGUUUGAGUGGUUUUUUCAUCAUAAUGAGUAUGGCUGGGGGCACAGGAUCAGGGCUAGGAGCCUUCAUUACACAGAAUCUACAAGAUCAGUACUCAAACGCUUUGAAAAUGAAUCAGAUUAUAUGGCCUUAUGGAACUGGUGAGGUUAUUGUUCAGAACUACAACUCCAUUUUGACUCUUUCUCACUUGUACCGAUCUUCAGAUGCCCUCCUUGUUCAUGAAAAUGAUGCUGUUCAUAAGAUCUGUGCGAAACUGAUGAACAUCAAGCAAAUCUCCUUUAGGGAUAUCAACCAAGUCCUUGCACAUCAGCUGGGAAGCGUGUUCCAGCCUACAUAUUCCAUGGAAGGCUCAUAUCACUACAGAAGAAAUCCAUUAGGAGACUUAAUGGAAAGUUUAGUCCCCCAUCCUGAAUUCAAGAUGCUGGGUAUUCGUAACAUUCCUCAGAUGUGUGAGAACUCACUGGCUUACAGCACGUUUACUUGGACCGGCCUCCUCAAGCAUCUGAGACAGAUGCUCAUUUCUAAUUCGAAAAUGGAAGAAGGUAUUAAUUGGCAGGUUCGGCCUCCUUUAUCAGGACUUCCUCCUCUUGGUAAAGUAUCUCUCAACAGGGAGCUUCAUUUUAACACUUCCAUUGCUAACUUGGUCAUCCUUCGUGGGAAAGAUGUGCACAGUGCAGAUCUGGGAGGAUUUAAAGAUCCAGAGCUCUAUACUUCUUGGUUAGCACCUGUUAAUGCUUUCAGUGCGUGGAAAACCCAGCGAGCAUUUCGCAAAUAUGAGAAGUCAGCGGCAUUGGUCAGCAAUAGCCAGUUCUUACUAAAACCACUUGAUACGAUUGUGGGCAAAGCAUGGAAUAUGUUUGCUUCAAAAGCCUACAUUCAUCAGUACACAAAAUUUGGAAUUGAAGAAGAGGACUUUUUGGACAGUUUCACGUUGUUAGAACAGGUUGUUGCCAGUUACUGCAAUGUCUGAUCUCCAGCAAGGGAGAAAAAGUACCUUAGGACAUUUUGGGGCUAACCACUUUUCAGUACUUUCUCAGAAAGGUGUUCAGAUCCCUACCUGCUAAAGUACCAAAGGCGAAUGCUGUUUCCUUUGGCAGCAGGAAGGAAGAAAGCCUUUAUACUGGAUAUGUUAACUAGAAUGAUAAUAAAAGAAAAGAAGGAAAACCUUU